CUCGCUCAGGCUUACUCUCCCCGCAGAUCGGAGACGAUUUGGCCGGAUGACAUGCACACAUAUGAGUAUUAUGAUUGUCCAGAGAGUCAUCAAAACGUUCGCGGCGCCGGAUAUUUUCACAACCCAGCUUCGCACAAGAAGGGUGAAGUUGCGUGACGUGUCUUGCGAAGAAGGGACAGCUGCGCUCCACAACGUCGCGACCGUCGCCUGUGAUUGACUUGCAGGACACGCGGUCACUGGCCAGUCAUGGUGGACGUAGCAGGAUGUGAUGGGCUCCCUAUUGGACCUGAACCACGGGCCUGCCAUCGGCGCCGAAAUCUAUCGGAACCACGCAAGCGUUGUGUAUCGCGCUGGGGCACCUGUCCAGUCGCGGUCAUGUGGCUCGGGAAGGGCUCAGAUGCCAUUCCACAUGGGGUCGUGAUCCACCGUAUGUCGUCGUAUAAGAACUUCAAAAAACGACAUCCUGGAUCUGAGUCUUGGGAUAUCAGUUCUCUCUUUGCUGCAUGGCUCACCAUAUCGCUGCUCUCGUCGUUCUUGGACUCUCACUUUCCGGGAUCGCCACUCCAGUGACGGAGCGGCAGGCGACUGCAGGCAUCACAGCAUUGACCCAGGCCCAGAUCGAUUUCUUCACGCCGUACUCGUACUAUGCCGCAGCCGCGUACUGCCCGCCCCAGGACACACUCGCCUGGAACUGCACAGUCGACUGCGCGGCGAACCCGGGAUUCAAGCCGAUUGCAUCUGGCGGCGACGGAAGCGCGGUUCAGUAUUGGUAUGUCGGAUACGACCCGGCGCUCAAGACGGUCAUUGUGGGACAUCAGGGGACGGAGACGAACAUUCUCGCGAUUCUGACCGACGCGACAUUCCUCAUGGAGUCUCUCAAUGCGACACUCUUUCCGGGCAUUCCCGCUGGCAUCGAGGCUCACUCCGGAUUCGCGAAUGAGCAUGCAAAAACAGCCGAGACGGUCUUGGCUAACGUGAAACAAGCGCUGUCGAUCACUGGAUUCAACAAGGUGACUAUGGUCGGGCAC